GGAAAUGGCCGAUAAGCGAUUAAAGGGCCUGCUGUCCAGCUUGCGUGACCCUUACAACCCAAAGAAAUCCUCUGCUAAUCUUGGCAAGGAAGGGGGGAGUGCGAUUAGCAUCUCACGGGUGACCUGCACCGUAAGUCUAUCGCCAGCCUGCCGGCGCUUAUGGACUUCAGAGCGCUUUUCUUUAUUCUCCAUUUGUUUUUUAGGAGGAAUCCUCGGCACUUCUGAUGAAUCCUCAUGUCUUUUUCCCUCAUCCGUCCUCCCUGUGACUGUUUGGGGUCCUCUAGGUGAAAUCAUGCAUCAAAUCCUCCGGGCGUUGAUGUUGAUAUGCUGCCUUAACGCGGCUCAUCCCUUCUGUCCGUCCCAGUGCACUUGUGUUUUCCAUGGACGUAGCGAGGGAACGGGAACCAGGUCUGUGCUCUGCAACGACCCAGACAUGUCCGACAUCCCCGUCAACGUCCCGGUAGACACCAUCAAGCUCAGAGUGGAGAAGACCGCCAUCCGCCGAGUACCAACAGAAGCGUUCUACUACCUGGCAGAACUCCGCUACCUGUGGAUCACGUACAACUCCAUCGCUUUAGUGGACACAGGGAGUUUCUACAACCUCAAAGUGCUCCACGAGCUGAGGCUGGACGGUAACGUGAUCGCUGUGUUCCCAUGGGAGUCUCUGAAGGAGAUACCCAUGUUGAGGACCUUGGACCUGCACAACAACAGGCUCACCAGCGUUCCCCCUGAGGCCAUUCCCUACCUGGUGAAAAUUACGUACUUGGAUCUAUCCAGCAACAAAUUGGCCACGUUGCCCUCGGACCUCAUGGAUAUCUGGCCACCGUUUAACGGCCUCCAAGACAACCCUUGGUUCUGUGACUGCAAGAUCUCCAAGUUGAUCGAGAUAUCCAAAAUGGCAGUCACGCCGGUGGCUCUAAUGGACCUGUUCCUGACCUGCAGUGCGCCGGAGAGCCUGUCCGGCGUCCUCUUUCAGCGUGCCGAACUCGACAAUUGCGUCAAACCCUCGGUCAUGACUUCGGCGACCAAGAUCACGUCUCCGCUCGGUAGUAACGUUCUCCUGCGAUGUGACGCCACUGGCUUCCCGACACCGAGCCUCUACUGGGCUAGGUCCGAUGGCUCGCGAGUAAACAACACGGUACAGGAGUCACCAGGGGACGGCAUCCGAUGGUCCAUUAUGAGUUUGCAUGGGAUUCUACACAAGGACGCCGGGGACUACAACUGCAAAGCCAAGAAUGACGCCGGCGCAGCAGAAGCCUCCAUAUCCCUGUCGGUGGCCGGCGCCAUGAGCACCACCAUCUCGCCGUCGAUGCCCGAUGUCAGAACCGGACCGACGGGCCCAGACUGGACAUACGACUCCGGAACGGACACGGCCAUCUCAGCCUCGACCGUGUCCGUGGUCCAGACGACCGCGGUUGCGCUCCUCUCGAAGCCCAAACCGACUUCCGGUGCCCAAAGGGGCUUGCUCAAGCCUGCAAAGAUCCAGCAGGGUGGCGGUGGGCGGAAGUUUGUGUCAGAUGAAAAAAGUAAGAAAAGCGACACGGCAAAAUCAGUCAAAGACUUGGAGAUUGUGGAGGAAACAUCCGACAGUGCAGUUUUGGUCUGGAAAGCAGAGGGGCUACCGAAGGACUCUCCGCUCACUGUCGUUUAUUCACCUUACGGCGCAGAUGGUGAGGAUGACUAUAAAAGAACAGUGGAGACUAAUGCAGGCAGUGGCAAAAUCCUGCUGGAAGAACUCUCCCCUGGAAUUAGGUACUCAGUUUGCCUCAUAGCUAAAGGUAGUGCCACCGCAAAGGACCCUUGCAUUGACUUUUACACACUGGACAAUGUGGAGGAUGACGGACAGAACCAGUUUUUCGUCAUCAUCAGCGGCAUUGCCUGCGCGUUGGCGUUGCCCCUUAUUGGCCUGCUGCUCUACAAGAUCCUCGCCCUCUACUGCAAGGCGAGCGAGGCGGCUCCGGACGAGGAGGAGCUGGAGAAAGAGAGCUACGUGAAGUUCGAGACCAUCACCAUGAAGCAAAGGACCAAGAACCCUCACCCCACAGAACUUUGGGCGAGGAGACCCACACACGAGUCGGAAAGGUUGCUGCUGUGCUCUCGCUCGAGUAUCGACUCCCAGAUGACCUACAAGAGUGACAGUUCCCGAUCCGAGUAUCUCUGCUGAUGCUAGAACGUCAUGCUCGAAAGAUUCUUUGUGUUGAAAUGCCUUUGAUAAACCAUCAAAAAUUGAGAUUGAGAAGUUAAAACACAUCCAGUUCUAAAGAUUUAUAACUGACUGAUAUCAUUAUGUAUGACCUUAUCCAUUUUGGAGCCUUAUAUCUGUUUAAAAAUUUCAGACAGGGUUACAACAAGCCAACACCUUUGUUGGAGUUUCUCAUAAAACCAAGCAAAUUGUUGUUGUUGUUGUUGUUGUUGUUGUUGUUGUUUUUCUUGUGAUAUUCAGUGCCAAAAUGUUAGCACUGGAUAUGAAGAUCACUAUCACACGCUAGACUAGGCAAGUCAUUCUUUUGUAGCCACUUCCCGUCACCCACAACAUGUAUGCCUUACGCGACAAAUGUUUAGAGAAUAUGACUCAUCACUUGUCAUCUUUAUAAUGUAUAUAUUUGUUUUCCAAAAUAUUGUCUACAUUCAUUUUAAUAAAAGGAAAUAAUAAGACAAAGUAAC